CUCAAAAAGAACCGAGAAGCUUUUUAAUAAUGGUUGUCAGUCACAGACCCCGCACUUGCACACUGACUGCGCGUAGGAACCCGCCAUAUAUGGUAGAAGAGAACAGUCGGAGCUCUGAAUGUUUACAGGGAACAGAGGAUGAUGAGCAUUUGGACCCAGUGAAAGGAGGAGAAGAUCAAGAUGAUUAAUAUGGCGAAUAAUUGUGAAAAGGAGCGAGUGAGUAGUGAAAGCAUGAGUGAUUGUACCAUUGGGAGCAGCUCAAGAAAAGAAUCGAAAACUUCUGAAUUGGAAACCCUAACCUCCGUACAGCUCUCUGAGGCUGCUUUAGCUGAUUUUGAUGAAUCCUCUCACCUUUUGUCAGAGGUUCCGGUGGAGUACUCUCUGCAACCAAUACAAUCAGCUGAACAGUUGAAGGAACAAGCAAAAACAGUGUAUGGCCAAUCUCUUAAAAGUGUUCCUGGCACAUUUUUAGAGGUUCAGAAACCUGUACCUAAUGCUACCUCCAAGCUGGAAGUGUCACCUGCAUCUGUUACAAAGUCUGUUUGCUCCAUUCCAAAUUUGCUUGUAGUAAAGAAUGGGAACAAUAAAUGCUUAACAGAACAGGACAAGCAGAAUUUUCCGGGCCCCAAGCUUUCAUCUAGAAGGGCUGUCCAAAAAAUUUCUGAUGGGUACAAUUGGCGCAAGUACGGUCAGAAGCUAGUGAAGAGUCCGGAAGGUUCUCGGAGCUAUUACAGAUGCACGUUCUUCGACUGUUACGCCAAGAAGAUCGAGUUUUGUGAUUCUUCUCGCCGUCUCAUAGAGACAGUUUACAGAAGCCAGCACAAUCAUGAUCCUCUUCAGAAAUUAAACUGCACAAAUGAAAGUGUACCCGCGUUACCAGUUGGUCCAGUUAGUGGGGAUAAUGAUUCAUUUCGUCCAGUGAUAUGUUCGAAUGACCCAGUGAAAGAUAAUAAGCUGAAACAAUCUAUGCCAGGAACUAAUGAGAUGCCUGAGAAAAAGCAUGAGUCGAGCGAUUCUGAUGAGACCACAGAAGCCAACAUGGAGGAGUAUAUUGAUGAAGCAGAAUGUCGAAAAAGGCAUGAGAGAAAUUCUGCUGGUGAUAUGGAGUCUCCGUCUAAAUCUGGAAAGAAACCCAAAUAUGUUGUUCACGCAGCUGGUGACAUGGGAAUAUCAGGAGAUGGUUACAGAUGGCGCAAGUAUGGACAGAAGACGGUGAAGGGUAAUCCUCAUCCAAGGAUCUCUGUUAUGCCGAAUGUUUCUUCAUGUAUUGAAGUGGUUGUAAUGUCCAGCAAGGCUUCACAGAAAGCUUGGAGGAACUUCAUGGAUUAGGAACUACUUCAGAUGCACUUCAGCUGGCUGCCCUGUUCGGAAGCACAUCGAGAGAGCCAUUGAUAACACGAAUGGUGUAGUAAUAACGUACAAGGGAGUACACGAUCAUGGCACACCACUUCCAAGAAAACGUGACGUUCCAAAGAGUAGUGUGGCUGGAGAUAAAGAAGGUGAAUUGACGGGUGAGCACCUGAAGUUCGUUGGAGAUAAAGAAUCAGAAUCGGCAGGAACACUUGAGAUGAAGCCUUGCUCAAGUCUGAGUAGUGGGACUCAAUUCCCCAAUUAGUUCUAUUUUUGAGUUCCUUGUUCGAAACUCUUCUCUUUUUCUUUCUAAUGUCAGAUUAAAUUGUUGUAGUUUGAGUCAUUGAGGUCAAUUUUACUGUCUGGUACUUCUGUAUUAAAAACUAUUUUUUUAAUAUUUUUUUUUUCUAUUUUGAAUUUGAAAAAAAGGCUUAUUACGGUUCAGUGGUCUUUGAAAAUUGUGAAAUCAGGGAUUCUGUUCUAAAUUGAGACUGGCCUUUUCCUUUGUUUUUUUUCCCUCAAUAUUAUAGGUAAUAUGCAAUAUUCUUU